GUGCUCAAAACGAUCGAACAAAUCAGACAAAAGCCUCUCAUCUCUCUCUUAGGAUCUGAAUCUUCACAUUUCUCUGAGAAAUAACAAAAAGAUCAAAAAAGAAAAUGCCUCAUGGAACUCUUGAAGUUGUUCUCGUCAGCGCCAAAGGUCUCGAGGACGCAGAUUUUCUGAAUAACAUGGAUCCUUAUGUGCAACUCACUUGUCGGACUCAAGAUCAGAAGAGCAGUGUUGCAGAAGGGAUGGGCACUACUCCUGAAUGGAAUGAGACAUUUAUCUUCACUGUCUCUGAAGGAACUACAGAGUUAAAAGCGAAAAUCUUCGACAAAGAUGUCGGCACUGAGGAUGAUGCGGUUGGUGAAGCAACUAUUCCAUUGGAGCCGGUUUUCGUGGAAGGAAGUAUUCCACCAACUGCAUACAAUGUGGUGAAAGAUGAAGAGUACAAAGGCGAGAUUUGGAUCGCGCUCUCCUUCAAGCCCUCGGAAAACCGAAGCAGGGGUAUCGACGAAGAGUCCUAUGGAGGCUGGAAAAACUCUGAAGCAUCAUACUAAGAGAAGAAACCAUUGUGUUAUUGUUUGAUUUGAGUCUGGAGAACAAAAUGUUGAGUUUCCAUUUGAAAUGGUAUUUUUGUUCAAAGAGUUACUUAUUAUUAUUCUUGUGUUCAGAUUGUUUCUAAUGAUUUCAAAAACUCCUGAGAUUUUUGAUUCUUCUUUUCAAGAACUUGUUUUGGUAAUGUUUCUCUGUGGUUGUUUACUGAAUGGGGAAAUAGAAUGUCUAUCUGAAC